GGAACACACAACGCCACACUGAAACAGACACGCUUAAGCUUAUUUUUACUAAUCCUCAUAAAUUAGUUAUUUAUUAUUUCGGCGAAAACUUAUUUUUUUUGUUUACAUUUAUUAUUGUGAGCAAUUACAAAAGCGGAAUAAGAAAAAGGAAUAAAAUCAGAAAUCAAGAGAGGAAGGAAGGAGUGGCGAUGGCGGCUCCGAGGAGGAAGAUAAGCAAGGAACAAGUUAUAGAGAAGCUUAAGGACGAUGGAGAUUUUGACAGUCUCCGUCUCCGAAUCAUACGCCGCCUCAAAGAUAACGAGGAGUUACGAAACAAUAUGAUAUCACUUGUCAAGGAAUCAACAGCUUUGAAUGGACCGGAUGCUCAAAAUAUGAAAACCAGGCAACUCUCUGAUGCCAUCUUCCAAGAAGUUGGGAGCAAGAUGUUGAGCCAGCUCUCAGAUGGGUUGUGGGGGAUUAUAAGAUCAGAAGACGGGAUGAAGAACGAGAUCAGAGAAACCGUGCAAUCUGUUUACACUACAUUAUCUAACCCUGGAGGUGUUCAAGCGGCGAAACAUAACAUCCCAGCACCGGUCACAAAAGGUGAAACCUCCUCAUCUCUUCUCCAUUUAGAUAACAAGCAAUCCAGGUUUGAUCCAUCAAGUAAACAGAAGCAAGAACUGAUUCAAGUAGGAUAUGUACAAGAAAACAAUGGAGAAGCAGCAUGUAGUAGCAGUACUAGCAACAGAGUUGGUUACACUGACAACAAUAACAACUGUGAUGAAGAAGAAGAUCCUGAACUCCCUCCUGGUUUUGGCUAAACAUUUUAAUUAGUAUUUAUUUUUUUGUGUAAGAUAAUAGCACCAAACUCAAAUCUUGUGAGAACAACCGAUUUAUUCUGUUAUUUUUUAAUUAAAAAAUGAUAAAUAUAAAGGCUGCG